AACAGAAGACACCAUCUCAAUUAAACAUACUCAUUUUUCCACAAAAAAAAUAAAUAAUAUUCACUAAGUAAUUAAAACGGCUUAAAUGAACUGACGACUAAAACAGAAUAAAAAGUUACAGUAAAUACAAACUUCUGAACAAUUUAUUACAAAACAUGCUUAAAUUCAUUGCAUAUUAAAAUUUCUAGAAAUAGCAACAAGGGCUUUAUGGCACAUUUUUUAAAACCUAUUAAAUUCAAAAAAAUUCUGUAGUGAUUCGGAAAAAUUGUACCGCAAGUGAAUUUCACAACUAUUAAAUUAAAGAUACGUUAUUUAUCGUGAACAAACAGCAACGCCGGAAGGCAUUAUCUACAUGGGGUUCAUUUACUGCUUCUUUUGGUGGAUGAUACUUAAUAAUGGUUUACUUAUUAUACGACAUAAGCAGGUAUUCGCAUUAACAACUUUUGGGAAACCGAUGCCGCGAAAUGAGUCAACCUGUGGCAUUGAACAGUUUAGGUGCACCAACGGCCAUUGCAUUCCAAACCGAUGGCGUUGUGAUCAAGAAAACGAUUGUUCUGAUGGUUCGGACGAACUCCCAUCACUGUGCACCAAAAUCUGCAGAGCAACUGAAGUUAAAUGCAAAAACGGUGAACAAUGCAUACCACGCUCUUGGGUUUGCGAUGGUACACCCGAUUGCCGCGAUCACUCUGAUGAGGCUGAGUGUAAAAGCAAAACUUGCUCACCCGAAGAAUACUCAUGCAAAACUGGUGAGGGUGAAUGCAUACCAUUAGCUUGGAUGUGUGAUCAGAGUAGCGAUUGUUCCGACGGUUCCGAUGAAGCUUCUUGCAAUGAAACUUGUCGAUCAGAUGAGUUUACCUGUGGUAAUGGGCGAUGUAUACAAAAGCGUUGGGUUUGCGAUCAUGAUGAUGACUGCGGUGAUGGCAGUGACGAAAAGACCUGUUUAACCGUGCAAUGCAACGCUAGCAACGAGUUCACUUGUAUCGAUGGUGGCUGCAUAUCUAAGAAAUGGCAUUGCGAUGGUGAUCCAGAUUGUAUGGAUGGUUCGGAUGAAAAGGAAUGUUCAAAUGGUACACAAACUAUUACACCUUGCUUAACAUCAGAGUAUCGUUGCAAGGAUCACAUUACUUGCAUUAAUCACAAUUGGGUAUGCGAUGGUGAAGAAGAUUGUCCAAAUGGCGAUGAUGAGAUUGAAAGUAAUUGUAAAAAUAUUACAUGUCGUGCGGAUCAAUUUCAGUGCACAUCUCGCGCUUGCAUACCCGGGCAUAUGAUCUGUAAUGGAGUAGCUGAUUGUGCAGACAAUAGCGAUGAAAUAAAUUGUGAAAUUAAUAAAUCGACAACUUGCAACGUUACUACAGAAUUCGAUUGUGGUGGUGCUCAAUGCAUACCAGUGUCAAAAGUAUGCGAUAAAAUAAAAGAUUGUCCUGAUGGUGAAGAUGAACCUGCCAAUAAAUGCUCUAUAAAUGAAUGUGCUAUAAAUAAUGCAGGUUGUGCACAGAAAUGCAUUGAUCAGCCCAUUGGAUUCAGAUGUGAAUGUGCUAUGGGCUUUAAAUUAGUGAAUAAUAAAGACUGCGUAGAUAUCAAUGAAUGUGAAAAUUCUGGAGCUUGUUCGCAGAUUUGCAUUAACGAAUAUGGCGGUUAUAAGUGCGAAUGCGAGGCGGGAUAUAUGCGUGACCCUCACAACCAUAUACGAUGCAAAGCGACCGAAGGACAUGCUUCAUUGUUGCUUGCUCGCCGACAUGAUGUCAGGAAAAUCGCUUUAGAUCAUAUGGAAAUGACAUCGAUUGUAAACAACACAAAAUCAGCAACGGCGUUGGAUUUCGUUUUCCGUACUGGCAUGAUAUUUUGGAGUGAUGUCUCUACACAAAGCAUUUACAAAGCACCCAUUGAUGAAGGCAACGACAAAACUGUUGUUCUGAAGGAUCACACUGUGACAUCAGAUGGUCUGGCAGUUGAUUGGAUCUACAAUCACAUUUAUUUUACUGACACACACAAAUGCACCAUUGAGCUAACAAACUUUGAAGGCAACCUUGGUAAAGUUCUCAUUGAAGAUGAGUUGGACAUACCACGUUCCAUAGCCUUAGAUCCAAUUGAAGGAUGGAUGUACUGGUCAGAUUGGGGAUCUUCACCUCGUAUCGAACGUGCUGGUAUGGAUGGGUCACAUCGCAUCCCCAUUAUUAUCUACGAUGUUAAAUGGCCGAAUGGAAUUACAUUAGAUUUGGUACGUAAACGCAUUUACUGGGUUGAUGGUAAAUUAAACGAGAUAUCAUCUGCAAACUAUGAUGGUUCCAAACGCCGACAAGUAUUGUAUUCAACAGAAUAUCUGCGUCAUCCGUUCUCUAUUACCACAUUCGAAGAUAAUAUUUAUUGGACUGAUUGGGAUAAACAAACUGUAUUUAAAGCAAAUAAAUUCAAUGGAGAAGGUGUAGAACCAGUGACAGCAAUGUUAAAUUAUCCUAUGGUAAUACAUAUAUAUCAUCCUUAUCGACAACCUGACGGUAUUAAUCACUGUCAAUCUGUUAACGGACACUGUUCACAUUUAUGUUUGCCAGCGCCACGUAUUAACGAACGAAGUCCACGCAUCUCUUGCGCCUGCCCAACAGGGCUUAAACUGAUGGAAGAUAGACUGAUGUGUGUCGAAGACCACAUUACGAAAUCGGAGACGUCAACUACAGAUAACAAACAAAAAUAUGAGUCUAAACAUAGCGAUCAUCAUAAGCAUCACAAACAUGUACAGGGUAUGAUAUAUUUUUGCUAUAAAUUCUUUUAA